UAAUUUUGAUCGGCGCAGGUUUCUGCUACGGGAUUCUGUAAAAAAAUUUAUGGCUGGUGCAAAAUUUUAUAUAAAAUUUAAUUUUAUUUAUUAAAAAAUAAAGUAUUAAACAUUGCGAAAUACUAUUUAAUUAGUUUACAAUUAUUAUUAAGAAGUUACAAACGAAUUUGUGCAUAUAUGUGAAAGACGUGAAGAACAAAAUCUUUGCUUGAAUGAAUCUCAAAUGAGGAAAAAAUGAUUUUCAUUAACUUUUCAAUGAGAAUAUUCAAUAUCGAUUAAAUAUUUCAACUACCUACUAUAUGAUUUUGGCAAAUUGUUAAAAAGUGUUUUUCGUUCAAAUAUAAAACAAACACAAAAUGCUGGAAAAAUCAGAUCAUGUAGCACUUACUCUUACGACCGGUGGUGGUAUCGGUGGUACUGAAGAGUCACCGAUUGGUAAUACAAUUCUACCCAGUUCACGUAAAAGUUUAAGACGUUACUGGAAUCAACUACCUCGCUGUCAACGUAAUCUUAUUAUUUUAGGCAUAUCUGCCAUGUGUAUUACUUUACUUUUCCUACUGCCGUCCGAUCAAUUGGAUCUCAACAGUAAACAAUCUUUAACCGGCGGUGUCUUACCCUAUCAGGAUACCAAGGAUAAACUAUCGCUUGGCGCUUUAAUGCGCAACAAUUAUUCUAAUGAAGGUCAAGAGGCAGUAGCAGCCGCUGCUAAUAAUGAUAAUAAAAAUGUGUAUCCCUAUGCCGAUACAGAUAAUGCUCAAAAUAUACAAGAGCAAAAUGCAGCUCAACAAAAACGUGAACUACCACAAGCCGAUCAACAACAAGUCGAAGAUACUGUAAAUUUACCCCAAACACAAAGAAAUCAAAAUCAAUUAGCUCAAUCACAAAUUAGUGCUCAAAAUCUCGAUGAACCUAUUGGCAAAGUUAAAAUUCAAAAUAUUAUUAACAAUGAUUUGAGUGGCAAUACUCAGGAUGUAAAAACCAGUAACUUGCAAUCAAAUAAUGUCGAAGAUGAUCGUCAAACCAUAGAAUCAUCGAUACAGGAUCCGCUCAGCUUGCCCGGUACGAAUGGUGUAACAAUUGAAGAAUUUUUAGGACGUAUUGAUCUUAAACAUUUACCCAAAAAACAACAUUUUCAUGGAGCACGUAAUGAAAAACAAGAGGCAGUGGUAAAUGCUUUCAAGCACUCAUGGACUGGUUAUAAAAAAUACGCCUGGGGUCAUGAUAAUUUAAAACCCAUAUCGGAAUCUUCACAUGAUUGGUUUGGUUUAGGUUUAACACUGAUAGAUUCUUUGGAUACGAUGUACAUAAUGGGUCUAGAAGAUGAAUUUACUGAGGCCCGCAAUUGGGUUAGUGAAAAUUUAAAUUUUGAUGUUAAUCGUGAUGUGAAUUUAUUCGAAGUUACUAUACGUGUUUUGGGUGGCUUAUUAUCAGCCUAUCAUUUAAGUGCCGAUAAGGUUUUUCUACAAAAAUCGAUUGAACUAGGCAAUCGCUUGUUGCCUUGCUUUCUUUCGCCCUCCGGUAUUCCCUAUUCCGAUGUUAAUUUAGCUGCUUUAUCUGCUCAUGCACCCAAAUGGUCACCCGAUAGCUCAACUAGUGAAGUUACCACAAUUCAAUUGGAAUUUAGAGAUUUAAGUAGAAUAACUAAUGUUACUUUAUAUGAAAGUGUUGCUCAUCGUGUUAAUGAAAAAGUUCAUGCUUUGGAAAAGAACAACGGUUUAGUGCCGAUAUUUAUUAAUGCCAAUACCGGUACUUUUAGAAAUUAUGCCACAGUUUCUUUGGGUGCCAGAGGAGACUCCUACUAUGAGUAUUUAAUCAAGCAAUGGAUACAAACUGGUCAUAAGGAAAACGAUUUUUUGGUAACGGACUAUAUACGUGCCAUCGAUGGCGUCUUUUCACAACUACUACGACGAACACCCAAAGAAAAUCACGUCUACAUAGGAGAACUUAUCAAUGGCAAAGAGUUUAAACCCAAAAUGGAUCACUUAACCUGUUAUCUACCCGGAACAUUACUAUUGGGUCAUCACUAUGGCAUGCCAGAUUCUCAUUUGUUAUUGGCGCGUGAUCUAUUGGAAACCUGUUAUCAAACCUAUAUGAAACAGCCAACUCAGCUAGCACCAGAAAUCUCUUAUUUUGCUGUAGGCGAACACGAAGAAUUGGAUAUUUAUGUUAAGCCCAAUGAUGCCCACAAUCUACUAAGACCCGAAUUUGUAGAAAGUCUAUACUAUUUCUAUGCUUUGACCGGCAAUCGUACCUAUCAAGAAAUGGGUUGGAAUAUUUUCCAGGCCUUUGAAAAGUAUACCAAAGUUUCACAUGGCUACAGUUCGAUUGGUAAUGUUAAGAAUAUUUUCAAUACCAGACUGCGUGAUAUGAUGGAAAGUUUUUGGUUGGGUGAAACCCUUAAAUACUUUUAUUUACUCUUUAGUGAUAGUCCCAAAGAAAUUGAUUUAGAACAAUGGAUUUUUAAUACGGAAGCACAUCCUUUACCUAUAAGAAAAAACUAAAAGUACACUAACUACAUACAUACGCAAAAAAAGAGUCUGAAUUUCAAACGAAACAAAACAAAGGAAACUAAAAUUUUCGAUAUGUAAUUGUAAAUAUGCGUCUAAGUAAUUAAGUUAUUUUCUUUAUAAUUUUCAAUUAGUAAUUUUGUGUGUAAGUGUCGUGUCUGUGUACAAAAGUGCUGUGCAUAAGAAAAAAACAAAAUUUUAGUUCUUAUAUUAAUUAUAAUAAUUUAUUAAAAAAAAAACACUUUAAACAAAUUGCAACGAAACGUAAGUGUUAGUAAGAUAAAGUGAAAAAAUGAAGAUUUUUUUUUAGAAAUCUAAAAGUUUUUUCAAUAACUUUUUAAACCUAUUUCUUUAUUCUUCUUUAUUUUACGUUUCGUUGCUCUUACAAUUGUAAUUAUAGUAGAAAAUAGUGUCUGUAGUUGUGUAUUUUUUUUAGUAUAAACUAACUAUACUUUAAACAACAAGCAAGCGUUAAAGCCAAAUAGCUAAUGAUAUCAUAAAAUCUCACCAAUAAUUAUAUUUUUUCCUCUCUCUCUCUCUAAUUAAACUUAAUAUAAUUAUAGUAAAUAUACCAACAUAUUAUUAUAAAAACAAUUAAAACAAAUACGAAAACAUUACUAAAUUAGUUAAUAUUACAUAUUAUGAAUUUUAAGCAAUAUUUAUAUUCAAACUUAUUUAACAAUAUAUUUUAUUAUUAUUAUUAUUUUUUAAAUUAAUUUAUGAUAUUGCCAGAAUAUCUGAGUCUAUAUGCAUUUAAUGUAUUUUUGUUUAAAUAUUUUUUUCUUUUCAAUUACACACAACAACAAUUUUUAAUUGAAA